AUUUAAAUGGGAUCGUGGCCUCGGGGGCGCGAACCCAAAGUAUUCUACGUGUCCCACGGCCCUGCAGGCAUUCUGGCAACGCGAUCCCAGGAAGGUAAAAUGCUGGUUUGGUGCUCACUCCCUGACGACGACCUGACCGUCGCUGCCUCCGGCUUCUCCGAGGAGGCCUUGCUCGCGGUGGCGAACGGCACGGAUUUCUUCGUGAACAUGUUCGAGCGUUGCCUGAAGCUCAAGGUGUCGACCACGAAGUCGUUCGCGAUCGCCUCGAGGCCCAGCCUGGCGACCAAACUGGCCUGCCUGACCAAACCGCGGCUUCUGGUGCCGAAGCGCGGUGUCAAGCUGCUUGGCACCUCCUUCGCUGCAGGUCGCACUCGCGGAAUUGGCGUCCUCCAGUGCCGCCUCAAGGAGCUCGGGAGGCGCAUUCCCAAGGUGCACGCCUUACGCCGCCAACGGCUGGAUGUCACCCGUGUGGUCAAGACGAUUGGCAGCCCCAGCAUGCUCUACGGCAUUGACAUCGUCGGGGUCUCCAACACGCACCUCCACAGAGUCCGGGUCGCAGCACGCUGUGCCGCUUUGCCCCUGGGAGCGAGCCGCCAAGUCGACUUCGGAUUCGCCGUGCUGGAUGCCAGAGGCGCCGCGUUGGAUCCCGCGUACGCCGCGCACGGGACGCCGUUACGACAUUAGGGGUUGGCGCAUUGACAGGAAUGGGCGCCCGCGCUGGCCCUCGACCGCGGUUUCGAUGAGGCGCGGAAGCGGCUGGCAGCGACGGCGGCGAGCGGCAGGUGGCCAUGGGCCACCGUGGCUGGCCCAGCGGCUGUUGUCAUGGUCACGGCCUGGCGCCUUGGGUGGCAGCGCGCUUCCCCGAGGUGGUUCCUCGACGACUUGGGAG